AUGGUAUCCAAGUUAUUCAACAUAAAUGUUAGUGUUGGACAAUGUAGGAAUGUAAAAAGAUUUGCAUUGUGUGAAAUUGAGGGUGAUUUGAAGGAUCAUUAUUCCAAGCUGUGGGAUUAUGGAGCUGAAAUUAAAAGGGCCAACCCAGGAUCUCAUGUAGAAGUGUAUGUGCAGCCCCAAAAUAAUUCUACUGUGGUGUUUGAAAGGUUUUAUGUGAGUUUUAAAGGAGUUAUUGAUGGAUGGUUAGAUGGGUGUAGGAAGGUAAUUGGGAUAGAUGGAUGUUUUCUGAAGGGCAUCUGUAAAGGAGAGCUCCUCUCAGUAGUAGGCAGGGAUGGAAACAAUAACAUUUACCCAAUAGCCUGGGCAGUAGUAAAUGUUGAGAACAAGAAUACUUGGAAGUGGUUAUUGGAAAAUCUAAUGGAAGACAUAGAUGAAGGGGGAAAUGGUAAUGGAAUCACAUUGAUGUCAGAUGGACACAAGGGUAUAAUGGAGGCUGUGAAAGAAAGAUGUCCAGAAGUUGAGCAUAGGUUGUGUGCUAGGCACAUCCUUGCUAACUUCCAUAAAAAGUUUAAGGGUGAGUGCUACAUUAAACCUUAUUGGAGGGCUGUAAAGGCAACUACAAUUCCAAAAUUUGAACUUGCAAUGGAAGAAAUCAAGAGUUUUGAUGUAGGGGCAUAUGAUUAUCUCAUUAAAAGGGACCCCAAGUGUUGGUCAAGGGCUUUUAUUAAGGUUGGAAUGGGAUGUGAUGCAAUGGAAAAUGGUGUGUCUGAGAGCUUCAAUGCUGAUAUUGAAGAAGCUAGAAAGAAGCCAUUGAUCACUAUGUUGGAGGACAUAAGGGUAUUUGUGAUGGAGAGAUUGUACAUGCAGAAAGGGAAAGGAUUGGGCUGGGAUUUGGCAAUUUGUCCAACUAUCCGAAGGAAACUUGGUAAACUAAAGAAGUUGAGAAGAUUCUGGGCAUCAUAUGUUAGUGGAUACAAGCAGUUUGAAGUUUUGCAAUGUAAUGAAAGGUAUGGUGUUGACUUGGAGAAGAGAGAAUGUGGAUGCAGAUGUUGGCAAUUGACAGGAAUUCCUUGUGUACAUGCCAUAUGUGUCAUAUCUUCCUUGAAUCUUGAUCCAGAGGAAUUUGUUGCAGAGUGGUUUACUAAAUCUGCAUUUCUUAGGGCCUAUGAGUACACCAUACAUCCCCUGAAUGAUAGUACCUUGUGGCCCCACAUGCCUGAUUUUCACCAGAUACUACCUCCUAUUAGGAGGAGGUUACAUGGUAGGCCAUGUGUGAAAAGAAAAAGACACCAAGCAGAAAAUGAACUCAGUGGGAACACAAGGCAUACUAUAAGCAGGGCAAGUGUUCAGCACAGAUGUACAAUUUGUAAUGAAACUGGACACAACAAAGUUACAUGUCCAAUGAGGGGUCCUUCUGAAGCAGGUCCAAGUAAAGCAAGAAAGAAGAGUAAUGCAAGAAAUUGUCCUUCACAAGCAGGUCCAAGCACUCCAGCUCCAAGUGCUCCAACACAUGUCAAUCAAGAUCCUUUGACUUAA